GUGUGCCUUGCUCUUCCUCGAUAGUCUGUCAGAGAAAGGUUCGCUGAUGCAAUGCGGACUUUUUGGUUGUGACCUAAAGAGGAGUAGGAGGAGAUGCCGCAGCGUGUUUGCGGUCUGUCGAGCAGACAGGACAUCGCCCAUAAACCUUUUCCUCCUUCCCUGGAGGCAGAGCCGGGCAGCUCCGCGUUGGGACAUCGGGAUCUUUGUCAUCAUGGUCUCGAUUGCCUUGGUGGUGCUGGUCACCCUGCUAGUUUCCAGUAGAACAUGGGGGUCUGCCCAUUAUAGCUCCACCCAGACCCUUUACGACAGACCCAUCAUCGGUGUAUUAGCACAAGAGACACACUUUGAUAACUUGCUCGUUUAUGGGAAAUCAUACAUUGCGGCCUCUUAUGUGAAGACGCUUGAAUCUGCUGGAGCAAGAGUAAUACCUAUAAAAAUCAAUCUUCCUCAAGAAGAAUAUGAGAAACUCUUCAGUUACAUCAAUGGGGUUCUCUUCCCAGGAGGUGGUGUUGACCUUCAACAUUCUGAGUACGCCAGAGUGGCCAAGAUAUUUUAUAACCUAGCUAUAAAGGCCAAUGACCAAGGUGACUAUUUCCCUAUCUGGGGAACAUGUCUCGGAUUUGAAGAACUAACAGUCCUCACAAGUGGAGAACUUCUUCUAACUUUAACAAAGACUGAGGAUGUGGCAUUACCUCUAAAUGUUACUAAAAGUGCCCCAAGUAGCAAGUUGUUCAGAAAUAUACCUCCAUAUUUAUAUCAGUCCCUUGCCAGAAAACCGUUAACUGCAAAUUUCCACGACUGGAGUCUUUCUGUACAGAAUUUCACAGCAAAUGAGAAACUGAGAAGCUUCUACAAUGUACUGACAACCAACACAGAUGGAAUUGUGGAAUUUAUUUCAACAAUUGAAGCAUUUAAAUACCCAUUCUAUGGAGUCCAGUGGCACCCAGAAAAAAAUCCAUUUGAGUGGAAAAAAACUUCAGACAUACCACAUAGUUCAGAUGCCAUUCAUCUAGCAUUUUAUAUGGCAGAGUUCUUUGUCAGUGAAGCAAGAAGAAAUUCACAUCACUUUCUUGAUGAAACAUUGGAGAAUGAUUUAUUAAUGUAUAACUAUAAUCCUGUGUACACUGGAACAAUUUCUGGUUUUGAGCAAAUAUAUUUUUUCUGAUUAUUUUUUUUCUUUUAAUAUUUUAAAUUGCUUUAAACAUAAUAAGCUUGUUGUGGGAACCAAUGUUUGCAAUGCACUUUCUAUUAUUUUACAGCUGAUUUUAUCGUGUUAUCCACAUAUUGUUUUAGUAAAAAAAAGUAAUGUCAUUCCUAAAAGACCAUAUAUUCAAAUCAUUCCUAUUAUAACAAUUUAAUUGUUUUUGUUAUGACAAAAUAAAUGGGUCAAAUUUGAAAGGCGGGCAUUGUAACCUUGAAUGUAUACAAAUAAAAUAAAACAUGGUUUUGCAGUGUUCAA